AUGACGACUACACCUCCCACCACAGCCUCUGACGAUCGCGCAGCGACCCCAACUCGAAUGACCCUGCUCAUUCUCGAAAUGGAGGACGUUGAAAUGACGGAACAGAUACUGCCUGCGGACAACAAAUCCCAGGCCUACCAGCACCUGGACGCGGCCAAGGCGGCGUUCAACAAGGCAGCGCCCACGAGCGUCCCCGACCACCAAAAGUCCGAGUUCAUCGCCGAGGCCGAGGCGCAAGCCAGUACGGCGCUUCGACUAGUGGAUAACGACAAGACGAUCCAGGCGUACGCCAACAUCCAGAGCGCCAAGUGCCACGAGCUCCAGGACAAGCACAACACGGCGUGGUACGAGUACAGGGCUGCCAAGGACCAGGCUGGAGCGCGCUGGUCGGAGAGCCUGGAGCACAGACUGAUGUUCUGCUACCGCAAGACGCACCCUAAGAAGUGA